AUGCUAGAGCCCUUCUUACAGCCAGUCUCCGUCCCAGAACCACUCCCAGUGCGGGCCAAGCCACGAGCUCGAAAGCCUCGUCAACAGGGUCCUAAAACUUUCGAGUUUGUUUCCUCAGGCCCAGUUGGCAAACCAGCACCUGAAUCUCGCAAGUUCAUCCGCAGCCAUGUAAUGCGCGGCAAGAAUACGAAAAAGUCACCUCCAAGACAUCCCAUAUUGGACGUUGAAGUCGAUGCUACUAGUGACGAUGUGGAGGAGCUAGAUCGCCCUGCACCCCUGGCGAUCACUCGCUGUACAGAUGCCAUGUGGACUGUUGGCCAUACACAUGCUCGCCAAGACAGAGCUUGGGUUGAGUCGCCUUCUCUUAUGGCGCAACUAGUCAAGCCCCCGCCUGAUCUCGAUCUGUUCACUUUUGCUACACCUCUUGAUAAAAAUUCAAGGUAUUAUAUUUAUAGAUUUCUUACUACCAUCAAGGAGACUAUGUACCCUGCAGAAUGGUGUUUCGACCCCGACGGUGAGAAGGCAUGCUGGUUCCGCUGGCUACUCGAAGAUCCGGCUUACCUUCACUGCAUCUGUUUUAUGGUCAGCGCGUUUCAAGACCUUAUUAACAUGAAGUCAUUACUGGGACGUGGGAAAUACGAGACUGGAUGGGGCGGAGAGUUCUCAGCAUCAACACGAAAUCGGCUUCGGCAUACCAUCAAACUUUUACAAGAAAGGCUGAAAGACCCUGCCAAACAAGUCGAGGAUGCAACUACAGCGACCAUCAUAUCGCUGGCCAUGAUGGCUGAUGCUAUGGAGGACGCCCAGGCUUUUGAGGCUCACUCAAAUGGCCUUCGGCGGAUUGUCAAGAUGAGAGGUGGUUUACAAGGGUACACACAUAACCGACAACUACAGAUCAAACUCUGUCGUGUCGACCUCGGAUGGUCCAUCAGAAACGGCUGCAAACCCGAGAUCUAUGACGGCAAGCCAGCAUGGGAACCUCUCCUCGAAGCCUUUGGAACCGUAGCCUGCUCCUUCAAGAUUCAAGAACCAUCCAUAGACUUCAUGAACGUCUACUACACCUGGGACUGGAGAUUACAAAACACCUUCAAAGAUCUUCGAGACUUUUCCGUACUAGCGAACAGACACUCCCCGAGUGCCAAGAAGCUCAAACCUGAAGCGUUCCAGGAGAUCAUGCUGUCAAUACAGUAUCGACUUUUACAGCUUGACUUUUCGCAAGAUCCAGCGCCGAUACAAGAAGCGCUGCGUAUUGGACUGCUUGCUUACGAGUCGACUAUCUUCUUGCAAAUACAGGGCACGAAGCUAAAGUCUGAUUCGUUUAGUCGACAGUUGCGCGAUGCCAUUCAGGCUACGCCUGUGCAAGGAGAGGCGACGGCCAAUAUCAAGCUUUGGCUUCUUGUGGUAGGGUCUAUCAUUGUCUUUGACAGCAGUGAAGAUUGGCUUGUGCAGUCGAUAAAUAGUUUGGUUGGACGGCAGAGAUGGGAGGAGGUGCGGGAGCGUGUGAAGGAGGUUAUGUGGAUUGAUGUCAUCCAUGAUGGCCCUGGUCGGAAGGCCUUUGAAGAGGCGCAAUCAUAUAUAUGA